AUGCCUCGCUUCACGAGUCCAUUCGAUGGAGCCCAGCUCUUCUAUAGAGAUUAUCAGCCGAACAAAACAGAAUAUAGAUGCAUUGCCCCUGACCGACGUGGUUUCGGCAAUAGUGACUGGAAUGGUCCCGAACCGGGGAUGGAACAGAUAGACUAUAACGUAUUUGCGCAAGACACGGCCCAUCUGUUAGAGAAACUUGACAUUGGACCGUUUAUCUUUGUUGCCGCAAGCAUGGGACCAGGAGAAACACUUUUAGCUUACGAACGCAGCGAAUUCGUUCGAAGUAACUGCAUGGGAUUCUUCUGGGUAGGCCCCGCGCUUCCAUUUCCUCUGGCUACUCCAGAAAAUCCCACUGCGCCAUCGCGCGAAUUGUGGGACUCGAUGCUCGAAGGAUUCCCUUUAGACCUCACAGACCGCCUGCAGAAGCUUGGUACAAAUGCUGAUGUCCCUAUCAUGUGCGUUCAUGGGGAUCAGGACUUGGGCUGUCCCUACGAGGCAAGUUCCAAAGUCAUCAAGGAAAUUAUUCCCAGGACGAAUGUUAAAAGUGUAACUACGAGUCAGGCGCUCACUCACACGAUUGCACUGGCCAAACGUCUUACUAACGUCCAGAUGGGACUCUGGGUCCGUUUGAAAAGAUAUAGUCAGUCAAUUAGUUAA